AUGGCUUCAAUAGAAUAUUUAACAGAUACAAAUAAGUCUGAUUCAUUAUGUUCAUCAACACCGUCAUUAUCAACUGUCGUCGAUAGUGCAGUAUCUUCUACAACAAAAUGUAAACGUGUUGGAUGUGAAAAUCCUUCUAUUGAUCAUCCUGAAUGGGAUGGAGAAUAUUGUAGUGCACAAUGUCUAUCAGUUUUUUGCAAAGAAGCAUUUGAACAAUGGGUAAAGAAACAACAAUCGAUGUCUUGA